AUGUCUCAAUUCAAUCAAGCAAGAGCAAGAUAUGGAAUUCCUCCAAGUAGUCAGCCCUUUAUUGAACCCGUGGACAAGUUGACCAUCCAUUUAACUCUUCAGGGAAACUUUGAAUAUUCCUAUCCAGUUCCAAAUACUCACAAAUUUGUUGGAUAUAAUUAUAUUGAAAAAUCCAUGAGUUCCAAACCCAAAUUCAGCCAAAUGACUCUCGACACAAGUCAAGAUCCCUCAAAAAGUGAAGAAAUCAAGUGGCUUGAUGAACAAGCAAGCAACAAUCAAACCGUGAUCUAUAUUGCUUUCGGAACCAAAGUCAAGGUGUCCUCACAUCAUCUCCAAACCAUCCUUCAAUCCAUCUUCUCACAACCUCAACGUCCAAGUGUUCUUUUGGCAUCCUCCAACUUUAAGAUGGAUGAGAUCCUGUCGGAAUGGAGACACAAAUUGUUCAUCAAGCCAUGGGUUGCCCAAGUGCAUGUUCUUAGACAUCUCUCUGUGGCCAUGUUCAUUACCCAUGGAGGAAGUCAUUCCAUAUUCGAAUCGGUCCAAUCUCAAGUUCCUCUUCUCAUCAUGCCCAUCUUUGGAGAUCAGCAUUUGAAUGCGAUUCGUGCUGAAGACAUUGGAAUUGCUCGAAUCAUUCAUACAGAAGAUGAGUUGGAGCUCUCUGAGAAUAUUGCGUUCAUACUUGAGCAUUCCUCUCAUAUCAAAAGGAAAAUGAGAAGAGUGAAAGAGAUGAAUCGAGAUGUGGCAGCUCUUCCAAUGGAUCCAGACUUGUUGAAACAAUUUCUGAACUAUGAAGAGAUUAGCUCACUUUCAAGUGCCUCAGUGGCUGCGGCAAGUUUGAUUCGUCAAGUGUUUUUGUUUGGAUCUGAACAUUUGAUAUCUGUCGAGAAUAAGCUCAGCUACAUUGAAAAAGUUCGUCCUAUUCAUGUAUUGUUGCUUUUUGUGGUUUCUCCUGUUGUCAUUGUAAUCCUUAUUCGCCGAAGAUUAAAUCAAGACAAAAAGUAA